UAUAAGAACGAAAGUUGAAACAUGAAGUAGAAAAAUCGUAAUAAUUGUGUUGUGUGUUUCCUGCUGAAGAAAAUUGUUUUUUUUUUCUGGCAAUUAAAGCCCAAAUUCGACAGACUUAGGUGUUCAACUGUAAAUUGUGAUACUGUCUUUGAGCACUUGUUGAGAGCGGUCCGAAACUGCUUGCCAAGCCCCGAUGGAGGUUAACAAAGAUGAAUCGAGACGUUGCAUCGAGAUUGCAGUAGCCGCCUUUCGGGCAGGCAAUGUAGAGAAAGCUCAGAAGUUCCUGGAGAAAUCUCAGCGACUCUAUCCCACCAAGGAGGCCGAAGAGUUGCUGCGGCGUGUUCGGAACGUUGGUUCGACACGUACCGGAGGUACGGAGGAAUCAACCGCUCGUCGCAGAACGCUCAACAAGGAUGGCGAAAAAUCUCAAGAACCUAAACUAAAUGUCGAUUACACACCGGAACAACUGGAAGCCGUCAGGCGAAUUAAGAGAUGUAAGGACUAUUACGAAGUACUGGAUGUAACCAAAGAAGCAACGGACUCGGACAUCAAGAAAGCAUAUAAAAAAUUGGCACUGCAACUUCAUCCGGACAAAAAUAAAGCCCCGGGAGCGGUGGAAGCAUUUAAAAAUCUCGGUAAUGCAGUGGCCGUUCUAACUGAUACGCGCAAGCGGAAGGAGUAUGAUUUAUUCGGGAGACAAGAAAAUACCAAUCAUCACCACUCGAAUCAUCAUCAUGCGGGGCACAAUCAUCACUAUGAGUACAAUUUUGGAAGAGGUUUCGAGUCGGAUAUUAACCCGAAUGAUUUGUUCAAUAUGUUCUUCGGUGGAACCCAGCCCCGUGGUCGUGCACGAUGGCAAACGAAUGAGACCCAGUCCGGCAGUCCACCCAGUUUGAUAUUUGGCUUAGUGCUGUGCUUCAUAGUGGUCUCGAUGUUGUCAACUUUCUUCGCAUCGGAUCCACUGUACAGCCUACAGCAAACGCCAAAAUACUCCGUGGAGCGCCGAACACUGAACCUAAAGAUACCGUAUUACGUCAAGGACAACUUCGUGAGCGAAUAUCAGGGCUCGCUGAGCCGUCUGGAGCACUCGGUUGAAGAGGAAUACAUCAUGUAUAUGAAACGCAGCUGCCACAACGAACGCAACUAUCGGGACGCCAUGAUGGCUCGCGCCAAGAGCUUCGGUAGCAGAUCUCAGCUAACCAACGCCCAGCAGCUCAAGAUGCCUUCUUGCGAUGCACUCUACCGGAUAGGCGUUGGAAGGGUUAACUUUUAAAUUGUAUACCGUUAAAAGGGGGGGUAUUUGUGGGUUGAUAAAAAACCUAACGGUAGUAAUGCAUCGGUUAGGUGUAACAUUUUUACUAUUUAUCAAAUGGCUGUUCGAACCGAAAACGUGACCUAGUUGUGUUUUGUUUGCGUUUUACUUGUUAACAUAGCUCCGACGGCAAUGAUCUAAAACAAUCGUCUUUUCUGUUUACCAAUCGAGGUCAAUGUCAGACAAAAAUAUAGUUUGGAAGUGGCGUGCAACAAGAUCUACAACUUAUGAUCAUUUGGUGUCCGUCUUAGUAGAAUCUGUUUAGGAAGGUUAAAAUUUGGCCGUUUUAAGCGUAACUGCUCAUCGAAGAGACGACAAAACUGAGAAUUUCACUUGAGUUAAUCUUCUGUAACCUUAGUUAUCCAGUCUUAGGUUAAUCGUCAGUUUUGCAGUAUCUUAGAUUGCUAUAUGCCAGUUGAAAUAAAUUCUGUCCUAAAAUAAAGGUAC